AUAGUUUUUCUUGAAGAAGCUGAGAAGAGAAACUCAAUGUCUUUCCAACCAAAUUCAUUGUGGAGAGGUUGCGCAGCGAACUUCCAACAACCUGUUAAUAACACAGAUGAACAUGCGGCUCAAUUUUUAGUUGAGACAGUUUAUUAUUUCAAUUGCCAUGUUCAAGAUCCACCUUUGUCAGACAUUAUUUACAGAAGUAGCGACGAAGAACAUGAUAUUCUUCACCAUGUCUUUCGUUGGGAUCUUACUCCCUACCAAGAGGUCUUUAUGAAUGGAUUUCAAGCGAGGCGUCAAGAGAAUACUACUGAUAAUGUUUAUUAUAAUCUGGAUCACUAUGUACACCAUGGUGGGAGACCCCUUGAUUCUAGACGGCCAGCCACCCAUACGUUUGUUAGUACUACACGUAACAGUGGAUGGCAUCCAAGCGUUGAGAAUGGUGCUGAGAGGGAAGUAUUUAGAUAUGAGAUAUAUGCUCCUGGUGGUAUUGAUGUUGCUGAAACUCUUGGCGAUCGUUAUGGAUACCCUUCACAAGAUGAGGUCUGUUUUGUUGCUGGCAUUUCUCGUCAAUAUAUUCGCUCUGCUCAACGGUUUAGACUUGUUGGUGAUGGAAGGUAUACAAGACGUGAAAGAGUAGAUAACCGAAUAAUACUAAAUCGGAACUUUAAUCCACAAUCAAGUCCAUCAAGAUUGCUUGAGAUUCAAAGGCCAGUAUUUGAUUACAGGGAUGAAGAACGUCGUUCUAGGCCUCUAACGAUUGUAAUUUUUCCACGUGAGUUCUCGCAACAAGUGGAACAAUUAGUGUCUAAUGCUACAGAUACUUUUGAUUGGUAUUCAAAAGAUGUGUCUGGUGUACAGAGCUACAUCGAUGCCGCAUUUCGCUCAGUAGACUCAGAUGAGGCAUUUCUUUUCAUGAAAGAUGAGUAUGUGCGACUUGACUAUGCUCCGGGUACCACAGAUGAUAAGAUCUUGAAUGGACCUCUCCUUAUUUCUGAUGGCUUUCAAUCACUUCAAGGAACAAGUUUUGCAGAUUACGGAAUAGAUUGUGCUUUUGCUCAUGGGAAUGAGGCAUUUAUCUUCUCUGGGAAUCUUUGUGCAAAGAUGCAUUUCGAACCAGGAACUACAAAUGACAUGAUAACAAAAGGGCCUAUGACCAUUACAAAGAUGUUCCCUUUUUUUAAAGGUACAGUGUUUGCGGAGGGUGUUGAUGCUGCAUUUGAGUCAUCAAAGGAAAAUGAAGCUUACAUAUUUAAAGGCAGCCAGUAUAGCCGUAUUAACUUCGCUACUUUCCGCCAAAUCGACAGCCAUUCUAUCAGUGGAGGAUUUCAUCCUUUAAAAGGUACCAUUUUUGAAAGUGGGAUUGAUGCAGCGUUUGCUUCACAUUAUGACACAAAUGAGGCCUACCUAUUCAAGGGAAAUAAAUAUGCGCUUCUCCACUUUUCUCCUGGCUCAAAUACCGACUACCUUAUUGGUGGUGUGAAAGAAAUAGCCCCUAAUUGGCCCUCUUUAGCUCCCAUCUUACCUCGUGCAAAUAGGGGUUUGGAUAUACAUGAUCAAAAUGAAGCUAAAACAAACCGUGAUCAUGAUGAACUUUAAUCCAGAACCAAUUAGAUAUUCUAAAGAAUAAAGUGAUAUUUACAAGGAUAUUUUUUCUUUUUUAUUAAAUUAUAUUUUGUGUAUUUUGGUUUGUUUUUUCCACCUCCA